CAUCGGAGACUCUUUUCCUCAUUUUCUCUCUUCACUCAUUCAGAAUGCACCACAUCGCCUUCAUCGUAGCAUGCUCUUCCCUCCUCCAAGUUUUCCUUCUGGGGGCCGCAUCUGUGGUGCCGUCCGCCCUGGACACGAGGUCGGCCCUCGGUGAGACCUGCACCGACACAUCCGACUGCCCCGGCAAUCUCAGGACCGCCCCGGCAAUCUCAGGACCGCUGCUGCUGCAAGGACCCCCUCACGGCCGAGGCUACCUGCCAGACCAAGUACGCGAGGGGAAAUUGGGCAUUCCGCAGCACUCGUGUAUUGGCUGCAUCCAGAUCUCAUUGGAUCAGGGCCGGCGGAGCGCGGGCAUGUGGCGAUGGCGGGACCUGCCUGCCCUUCAAGAUGCCCAAACUCUCGCCCAUUUACGCCGGCGGUAAGACGCCCGACUCGCCCUUGUGCCCGGUCUCAUAUUGUGGUUGUUUCUGUGGGCAUUUGGCUGCGUGUGCAUUGCAGGUCUGCAGGCUGGCAAGGUGAAGACGCUGCAGGGGCUUGUAAGUGCCGGUGUGUGCUACCUCAACCAUGUCCCGGGCCACAUCAACAUGGACAACUGCCAGAUCAACCUGGUGGUCACAUAUGACCGCUUCUCAAAGGUCAGCUGGGGGGACUCCGGCGGGGACGCGGCAGGAAUCUCUAAAGACCCCUUUGCCGCGUUUGCUCUUGCUGCUCUUCUGCUCUUGCAGAUGUGUUUGAUGCCCAUCAAUAUCGGCGAUUUCCACUACAACGGCGCUUCCGUCGACCCCGCCUUUUGCUUCGCCGACAGCCAAAUCGCCUUGUAAGCGAAACAGCACACGCACGGAAAACUGCUGGGACCGUUCCUUCCUCUUUUUUGCAGCGACUUCGCUGGCCGCCGCAAGACCGUCUACGCCAAGGACGAGUGCAGGACCCGCUACACGGUGCAGGAGUGCGCCAAGCUCCACAGCGACGAAGCAUUCAUGCGGCCCAGCCACUUCAACGAGCGGAAGGCCGCCACCUCAUUCCCCAUCUACGUCAAGCCUUACUGAGCAGCACCGGCCGGCGAUCCGUUGUGGCGCGGUUGGUCAAACAAAGCGUGAC